AUGGGGCGUGACCCUACUACGAUACGCCGAUUUAUUAAUAAAUACAAGAAGACAGUAAGUAUUGAAAAUUUACCGCGAUCAGGACGGCCACCUGCUCUUAAUAUUAUUGAAAAAAAUGCACUUGUAAAUGAAGUCAAGAGAAACCGACGUGCACCUUUGCAUGAAGUCGUUAAUACACUGCAGCCUAAAACUGCUAAAACAAUACUAUACGAAGCUGAAAUUUGCUCUCGUGUUGCCGCAAAAAAAAAACCUUUUAUAUCAGAAAGGCAUGCGGCAGCUCGUAUUAGUUGGUAUGAAAAAUAUAAAGAAAAAUCAGCUUCUUAUCGGAACCAAGUUAUCUUUUCGGAUGAGUCAAGUGUUGAGAUCACGACAAAUAAGAGUUUGGAGAUGAAAUUUAAAUCUGCACCAAGAAAAGAAUGGGAAAAUUUAGAUUGUACUCAUUUUGAAGCAGUUGUUGCCUCAAUGCCGCGAAGAAUCAAUGCAGAAUUAGAAGCAAAUGGUGGGCCGACAAAGUAUUAG